AACGGUAUCGCAACCUCUACCGUACCAGCAGUACACGACGUUGCAUCCGAAUCCUCCCCGCUUACCACCGCCGUGCUCUCACCCCCUGCCCUAUCGACGCUACACAACGCUCGAUUCCUAGCGAGUUUGCAGACGCAGACGCAGACGCAGACGCAGACGCAGACGCAGACGCACGAGUAGACGCACGAGUAAAUACCUCGCCUCAUACGGCAGAGCCAUGCCGUCCACAGAAGCCAAUGCCGUCGAGGACACGCAAUUGGGCCUGACCGAAGAGGAAAUAAAUCUCCUCCGCUACCACCAAGCUCAGGCCGGUUCUUCUUCCUCGCGCGCCGCCAGCCGGGCCUCUUCCCAAGGCCGCCUCCUUCUCGAUAGUUCUAGCCUUGCUGCGCUAGCACGACACCUCGACCGCUUGAUGCAGCAGAUCCAGCAGCGCAUCGAGUAUCUCAGCGAGCAGAGCUCCGUCGUGACUAUGCAGCAGUAUGACCACGCAGGCAAUCUGGUGGACAAUGCCGAUGCUGAAAUUGCGCGCUUUCAGGGUAUUAUGGCUCAGAUCGACGAGCUUGAGCUCGACUUUGAUCGCAUCGCCCAUAUAAGAGACAUCGUAAGGGAUUACCGACAACGAGUCGAGAAUCUCGAACGUGGACUCGAGAACGCAUCACGUCGAGAUCAUCAUCACCACUCUCACCGCCACAACCAUUCGCAACGACAAGAAGGCACCUCUACCGGCCGCCGACAUAGACACUGAAAAUGGUUAUUAAAAUGGAGAAAACCUAGCUGCUAUCCCGUAGAUCGGGGGUAUUAGAACGCAACUCUGCUUCGGAAGGGAGAAGGGCAUCAAGGCCCACUCGAUUUACAGUCUUUAAUGGAAAAAUUGCUGCUGGACACAGAGAAAAGGGGUAUCAAAAUUUUAUGGCACGGGUGAAUAGAAGCACAAGGU